GAAGGAGAAAUAACAAUUGCCACAUAUCGAGACUGGGAAGUAGAUCUGGGCAGAUCCUGGGAGCAUCCUGUUUCUGUUUGACAUGAUGGCGACGAGACUGCUUCUGUUUCUCUGUCUGACGGGACAUGUGUUUGCCAAAGAACCGCCUGACUCUGUCAGGCUGCUGGGGGGGACUGGUCUGUGCUCAGGCAGACUGGAGGUGAACUCUGACCAGUCUAACCAGUCUAACCCGUCCUGGUCCUCAGUGUGUGAGGCUGACUUUGACCAGCAGGAUGCUCAGGUGGUCUGCCGGCAGCUGGGCUGUGGGGCUCCUUCAGUCCUCCAGGGGGCGCUCUAUGGAGAAGGGGAGGCUCCAAUGUGGACCAAAGAGUUCCAGUGUGGAGGCCAUGAGUCUGCUCUCCUGGACUGUAGCUCAGCCUCAGAGAGAAACACCUGCUCACCUGGCACAGCUGUUAGCCUCACCUGCUCAGAGCCGGGUGGUGUUCAGCUGGUGGGAGGAGAGAGUCGCUGUGCAGGAGACCUGGAGGUGGAACAUCAGGGAGAAUGGAGACCAGUGGACGACCGUUACUCUCCCUGGACCCUGAAGGCAGCAGGAGUCGCCUGCAGAGAGCUCGACUGUGGCUCUGCUGUUUCUGUGGGAGAGAGAGAGGAGUUCUCAAAGAGACCUGUGUGGGAGGAUCAGCUCUCUCUGUGUUCUGUCUGGAUCUGCUCUGAGGGAGUGUGCAGCAUCACGUUCCUCUUCCUCCUUCCUGACUCUCACCUGCUCAGAUGGUCCCCCGGUCCUGUCUCUGACCCGGCACCAUGA